AUGAAGCUCCCAGUUGUUAAGCUUGGUAUUCUUGCUGUGAGAACCAUGUGUAAACCUGUUGCUAAUAGACUAAAAGCAGCAGCUGGUAAACACCCUAGAUUUCGUGAAUACAUCAUCAAUAUCGCCCAGACAAAUCACAGGCUCACGACAAUCGUGCAGAGACGGAUUUAUGGUCAUGCAACUGAUGUUGCCAUCCGACCUUUGAAUGAACACAAAGCUGUUCAAGCUGCUGCGGAACUUCUUGGGGAAGUAUUCGUAUUCUCGGUUGCUGGUGCUGCUAUUAUAUUUGAGGUGCAAAGAAGUGCUAGAUCUGAAGCCAGAAAGGAGGAGUUGCGCAGGCAGGAAAAAGAAAAAUUAGAAAGAGAACUGGAGUCGAUUAGAGGAGAACUUGCAGAAUUGAAGCUCCUAGCUAAGGCUCAAGGACUCCCGCCUGGUAUUUAUAACUUGAGGAAUCUUAAUGGCAAUGAGAAUGCCAAAUCAGGGUCAGAAAUUUAUUCAGAAACCGAUGCUCGUACAACUGAAGAUCCCAAAUCCGCACCACCUGCUCAUUCUACUAAAGCUACCAAGCAAAGUGCCUCAACUAGUCAUUGA